CCCUACGUUCCAUCACCUGUUCCCCAUCUGCCUGAGGCCCCUCCUCCUGGCCCUCAGGAGAGAACUCUUAAGCACCAGGAGAGCCAGGGCCCAAGGAAUUGGCUGAGCAGUCAGUAGUAUCAGGUGUGGAGCUGGGAGCCCCUGACGUGCACCUGCAUGGCCCUGUGUUUUUGUGGACGGACUUAGAGACACUUUGCAUCAGAGGCUAGGUGCUCCGGGUCCAUUUGUGUGAUUGCGUAUCAGACCAUGUGCAACUUCCCGGCUUUGUCUCCAUGUGUGUGGUAUGUGGUUUGGGUUGAUUCGAGGGUCCAACGGACAAUGUGUGGAAGGGGUAGGGCUGUCUCCCCAGCCCCUGGGAAGUACCAGGGAGGAGAGGGUGGGGAGGAGAGUGCCGAGGAGUAGAGGCUUCGAACUGGUCAGAUGACUUUGGGAGCUUGGGAGCAGGAGCCAGGAAUUGAGAGGAGAGGACAAGUGGACAGAGGAACGGGCUGGAGGCUGGACAGGCCGUCGGAUUUCGGGGCUGUGACAUGAAGCUGCUACCCAGCUGGACAGCGGUGCUGCGGGGGAAGCCUUGGGGCAGGGCCUGGCCAUGGGCACAGCGACCCACAAGAACUGCUCACACCUGUGCCCCAAAGAUGAGGGCCCAGGAGGACCCUGAGGGCCAGACACAGCAUGAGUCCCUGGGCUCAGCAGGGACCUCCACGAAGGACCCCCCGACGGCCCUGUGCAAAGAGCCCAAGUCUGACAUGUUGUACAAGAUUGAGGAUGUGCCGCCCUGGUACCUGUGCGUCCUGCUGGGCUUCCAGCAUUACCUGACCUGCUUCAGUGGCACCAUCGCUGUGCCCUUCCUCCUGGCUGAGGCGCUGUGUGUGGGCCGUGACCAGUACAUGGUCAGCCAGCUCAUUGGCACCAUCUUCACCUGUGUGGGCAUCACCACCCUCAUCCAGACCACACUGGGCAUCCGGCUGCCGCUGUUCCAGGCCAGCGCCUUUGCAUUUCUGGUCCCAGCCAAAGCCAUCCUGGCCCUGGAUAGAUGGAAAUGCCCUCCAGAAGAGGAGAUCUACGGUAACUGGAGUCUGCCCCUGGAUACCUCUCAUAUUUGGCACCCACGGAUACGAGAGGUCCAGGGUGCAAUCAUGGUGUCCAGUAUGGUGGAGGUGGUGAUUGGGCUGAUGGGGCUGCCUGGGGCCCUGCUCAGUUACAUCGGGCCUCUUACAGUCACCCCCACUGUCUCCCUCAUUGGUCUCUCUGUCUUCCAAGCUGCUGGUGACCGAGCUGGCUCCCACUGGGGUAUCUCAGCUUGCUCCAUUCUCCUGAUUGUCCUCUUCUCCCAGUACCUGCGAAAUCUCACCUUCUUGCUGCCUGUCUACUGCUGGGGAAAGGGCCUCACUCUCUUCCGCAUCCAGAUCUUCAAGAUGUUUCCCAUCGUGCUAGCCAUCAUGACCGUGUGGCUGCUCUGCUAUAUACUGACCCUGACGGACGUGCUGCCCUCAGACCCCACAGCCUACGGCUUCCAGGCACGAACAGAUGCCCGAGGCGACAUCGUGGCUAUUGCUCCCUGGAUCCGCAUCCCCUACCCCUGUCAGUGGGGGCUUCCCACAGUGACUGCGGCUGCUGUCCUGGGAAUGUUUAGUGCCACAUUAGCAGGCAUCAUUGAGUCCAUCGGAGAUUACUAUGCUUGUGCCCGCCUGGCUGGCGCACCACCCCCUCCAGUGCACGCUAUCAACAGGGGUAUCUUCACCGAAGGCAUCUGUUGCAUUAUCGCAGGGCUGCUGGGCACGGGCAACGGGUCCACCUCAUCCAGCCCCAACAUUGGUGUCCUGGGGAUUACCAAGCCCCACCCCUUGGCUCACUGGCAGGUGGGUAGCCGGCGCGUGGUGCAGUAUGGUGCGGGUAUCAUGCUGGUCCUGGGCACCAUUGGCAAAUUCACGGCCCUCUUCGCCUCGCUCCCUGACCCCAUCCUAGGGGGGAUGUUCUGCACCCUUUUUGGCAUGAUUACAGCUGUGGGGCUGUCUAACCUGCAGUUCGUGGACAUGAACUCCUCCCGCAACCUCUUCGUGCUUGGAUUUUCCAUGUUCUUCGGGCUCACGCUGCCCAAUUACCUGGACUCCAACCCGGAUGCCAUCAACACAGGCAUUCCUGAAGUGGACCAGAUUCUGACUGUGCUGCUGACUACGGAGAUGUUUGUGGGUGGGUGCCUCGCUUUCAUACUGGACAACACAGUGCCAGGAAGCCCAGAGGAACGAGGUCUGAUACAGUGGAAAGCUGGGGCCCAUGCCAACAGUGAGAUGUCUACCAGCCUGAAGAGCUAUGACUUUCCCUUUGGGAUGAGCAUGGUAAAAAGAAUUGCCUUUCUGAAAUACAUUCCUAUCUGCCCAGUCUUCAAAGGAUUUUCUUCAAGGUCAAAAGACCAGCUUCCAGUUCCAGAAGAUACCCCACAAAAUACAGAAACUGGGUCGGUGUGCACCAAGGUCUGAAAAACUGCACCCAGGAAAGGUAGCAUGGUAUAUAAGAGGAGAAGAAAACUGCAUGGGGAGUCAGAAGACCUAAGUUGGAAUCCCAGCUCUGCUAACUAACUUCUUAUAUAGGCCUGGAUAAGUCACUCUCUGGGACUUCGUUUUUGCAUCAGUUAGGGGAAGACUGGGCCAAAGCCUCUAAGAGCCUGAGAGACUUGUACCACCAUUAUUUUGUAUUUCUAAAUCUUUACUUUCCUAAGCAGAUGUGUCAGCAUAUAGGGAAUAGCUGGAAAUUUUCCUCUACCACAUCUUUGAAUGCAAGUUGAUCAAGACAAAAAGAAACCAGGACGGAUUCCAGGGCCUGAAAUGUAGGCAUGCUGGCAGGAUUUUAGAUUGAAUCUGAGCCCCCAAUAUCACUUACUUCAAGACCAAAGCAUAUUAAACAACAUGUUGGAGCAAUAAUUUAAGUUCCAUAAUUUAUACACAACCAUUCCCUUCUCUCAAGGGAAAUAAAUAUAUCUAAACUUUAA